GAUGGGGGCGGUACAAAUACGAGGGGAAGCCAUCUUGAACGUUUGGUUGACAAGACUCUUUCGUAGUCAGCUACAAAAAAAACUGUACACCUUACAAACACCGCGUAGAGAACCGAUUAUCGCAGUUAUCCAAGUGUUGGAGAAACCUGAGAGGACGCAGCGGCUCAGUGAAGCUCAACAAGAUGGCUAGUUAGCUAAACAGUCUGCCAAUACUUGAGCGCUAGCUACGCCUUCUGGUAUAUGAUAUUCCAUACGACAAUGGCAGAUUACUUGUAUGCUAAGACCUGAUUUGCUUAAGAAAUACGUGUUUUCAAGCUGUCUGAAAAUUAAAUGGGGUCAUUUGCUUAUUUUGACACUUGACGUCACAGACCCAGCGACACUGUUGCUGAACUUGCUGUGACAGGAUUUGAACAAUUUACAUUUGGAUAAUUCUUAGUCCCGAAGAGGGAACUGCAAUCUUAAAUUUAGACAGGUUCCAGCAGACGUUAAAUAUUUCAUUGCUAUUGGAAUUGAAAAGUAAGUAUGAGUACUGCCAGGACCGAGACCCCAGUGAUUUUGGGCUUGUCCAACCAAAAUGGACAGCUUAGAGGCUCAGUUAAGCCUGCUGGAGCACCAGGUGGAGGUGGAGGAGGCCCUCAACAGCAACUUAAUCAGAUGAAAGGCACAAUCAACAAUGGUAACGCUCAACUGGCCCCAACAACUAAUGCUGUCAUCAAGCCCGGAGAUGACUGGAAGAAAAGUUUGAAGUUGCCCCCAAAAGACACAAGGAUGAAAACUUCGGAUGUGACUUCAACUAAAGGCAACGAGUUUGAAGAUUAUUGCCUAAAGAGGGAGCUGCUCAUGGGAAUCUUUGAGAUGGGCUGGGAAAAGCCAUCUCCAAUCCAGGAGGAAAGCAUUCCCAUUGCACUGUCAGGAAGGGAUAUCUUGGCAAGAGCCAAAAAUGGCACGGGAAAGAGUGGAGCCUACCUCAUUCCCUUACUUGAACGCAUUGACCUGAAGAGAGACUGCAUACAAGCUAUGGUCAUAGUGCCCACCAGAGAACUGGCUCUGCAAGUAAGCCAAAUAAGUAUCCAGGUCAGCAAACACAUGGGUGGAGUAAAGGUAAUGGCAACCACAGGUGGAACCAACCUACGUGAUGACAUCAUGAGACUUGAUGAAACGGUACAUGUGAUCAUUGCCACUCCUGGGAGAAUUUUAGACCUCAUCAAGAAAGGAGUGGCCAAAGUCAAUCAAGUGCAGAUGGUCGUUCUGGAUGAAGCUGACAAGCUCCUGUCUCAGGACUUUGUGGUUAUGAUGGAGGAAAUGCUGGGCUUCCUGCCCAAACGGAGGCAAAUCUUGCUUUAUUCUGCAACCUUCCCUAUCAGCGUUCAGAAGUUUAUGAAUGCACACUUGCAGAAACCCUAUGAGAUCAACCUGAUGGAGGAGCUGACACUCAAGGGUGUGACUCAGUAUUAUGCUUAUGUGACUGAAAGGCAAAAAGUCCAUUGCCUUAACACCUUGUUCUCCAGGCUCCAGAUCAACCAGUCAAUAAUCUUCUGCAACUCCUCGCAGAGAGUGGAACUCCUCGCCAAGAAGAUCUCCCAGCUUGGUUAUUCAUGUUUCUACAUUCAUGCCAAGAUGAGACAGGAGCAUCGCAACCGUGUGUUCCACGACUUCAGAAACGGUCUCUGCCGGAAUCUUGUCUGCACUGACCUCUUCACAAGAGGAAUUGACAUUCAAGCUGUGAAUGUUGUGAUUAAUUUUGAUUUUCCUAAGCUGGGAGAAACAUACCUUCAUCGCAUUGGGAGAUCUGGCCGCUUUGGACACUUGGGUCUAGCCAUUAACCUCAUCACUUACGAUGAUCGCUUCAACCUGAAGGGGAUUGAGGAGCAGCUCAGAACAGAGAUCAAGCCCAUCCCUGGCAUCAUCGACAAGAGCCUAUACGUGGCAGAGUACCACAGUGAGAGUGGCGAAGAAGUCAAGCCUUGAGCCAAUCAGUCCAACCUUCAUUCCCCUUUGUAUCUUUUUUUCAUCCUCCCCCCGUCCUGGAGUUCUCGUUUUAUUUUUUAUGUACAGUUCGUCUGUCUUCCUAUUUUGGAUGCCACCAUAAGGAAUGUGUAUUUUGAUGGCAAGCGUUUCGGAAGAACUCAUUUGCCUUUUAUAGGGCUCUGUGCUGCACCAUCACACCCUGAAGACAUAAGCACUGGGAGGAAAGCACGGGACCAAGCCGAAAAUGUAUCAGUGCACAUUGUGAAGAUUCAUAUCCACCAAUGACGCAAAGCCAGCACCGCCAGACCGCAUACGACACCCUCCAUUCUCCAUGUUUUAUUUUGGAAAGUUUUAACAAAUUUGUAUCAAGUGCCUUAACAAGCAGAUAAACUCGUUCUAAAGUAAUAACCCGUCAUUAUCCGCCAUCUUGCUCACUUCAUGCCAUGCACUCGCCGAAUUGAAAAUUUGUUCCACUAAUUUAACGUCCAACCGCAUAGAUGAUUUCAUAACUGUUAUUGGUUGGGUCAUCCCUUUGCAAGAAAUGGAGAUUAGGAGAGAGGCUGGUCUGAUCUUUUUUUGCUGGCUUUCGCUGCACUUGAGUCUGGCUGAUAAACGAGGACAAACUUGGAUGUUCCAUGGACAGAGAUGCUGGAUUUUGUUCCAAGAGACAGACAGCCAGACUGUCUGGUUGCUUGUGUAGAAGCUUGUGCUUCUAAAAGACCCAGAUCCUUUCCGGUCUUCAGCAUCAGAACACUAAAAAUGAAUAAGCAGCAUCAACACCAUGAGUCAUGACGAUUCCUGUUUUGGUGGAGUUUAAUUGUGGGAACGCAUUUCUUUUUUGUUUUGUUUUGGUCCUGUGUUUCACCUUCCUAUGGAUGGCCAUACUUUAUUCUGCGAGAUGUGCAGCCAACAUGUGGGGUGCACCUUACACCUUGUGUAUAUACCUUCAUUUUAAGAUUGUUUUAAACAAGUAUAAAAGGCUGGCCAACAAACUAAACCCCCCAUACACACCCUUCUCCUGUUAAAACUGGAGACUGUUUUCUUCACUUGGUUUGUUUGAUCUGCAAUAUUGGCCUGUGAAUUUAUUUAUCAUUUUAGAAAUUGCAGAGUUUAUUAGAAUCUAAAACCUUUAAAAUUGCUUGUGCAUGUCAUUUCCUUUGGCGGCAGAGUACACUUAUAAUCUUUAGCCCCUUCAGAGUGGAAUUCUUCAAUGUUGCACUUAAAUUAAGAUUGUUUAAAUUGUUGCCCUUAUUCUCCUGCUCUGUCAAGACAGACGGCUUUGUCAAGCUUGUGCAUUUGAGUAAUGAAUUCUUUGUUGUCACCAGCCUUACCUUGUGAAAACGACUCUUGAGACACACUCUUAAGAUCUCCAGUUAUAGUGGGUGUUAUUGGAAGAUAAAUAAUAUUCUAUCAUGUAGUAGUACUACUCCUCACUCUCGGUGCAGCCGAAUUGACGAUUUGUUUUCCGUGGCGGUAUUAGCAGUUACGUUCUCUAUGCUCUUUAAGCACAGCUACAUCCCUUCACAAAUGUUGAAGCUGUGGAUUUAUGUUCCCCCUUUUGAAGUGUUUGCCAAAUGCAUCAAAAGGAACAAUCUGACUUAAAAUGUAGCAGGAAUCCACUCUCUGUGCAUUGCAAGCUAGCUGGCUUUAAUGACCCCAGCUAGCAAAAUAUGCCUCAUUUAAAAGAAGAAAAAAAGAACUCAAACUGAGCAGGUUGAAAUGCACUUAACGCACAGAGAUGGGUUCAGGCAAUAACUUAUUGAAGCUUAUUGACUUUUUGUACGCCCAUAAUGCCCAAAUGGGAGGAAAGUGUGAUGCAGAACAUCUAAAAACCAGAAAAUGGCACAGCGGGGGAAUGGGCAUGAAGGAUUACAUAUUACCAUUAGUCGGACUGCGUGUUUAGAAAAUAACGUGGGCACCUCGGACUGCUGAGUUCAUGGCUUAUUUGUCUGCCCUUUAUUGUGAUAUGUUGGGUUUGGAAUACAGUUGUGUGUUUUUAUGCAACACGACAACCUUGUUUGGCAUUAAGGUCCUCUGACCACUUGUUUGAUCAGUGGAAACCUUUUUGUGAACGAGGUUCCCUUUUGUUAUGGUGAGAUGCUCUUUACACUGUUCUAAUCAAUGAGGAGUAGUACAUUUGCACAUUGAAUUGAAUGUCUUUAAAAAAUACAAAUAGUGUAACAAUGUUCAGUUUAAAAUGACCAUUUUAUUUCUCAUUGGUUAGGACUGAUCCCUGUUCUCUCGGCUCUAUUGCUGUCCCCUAAAUACAUGUACAUCUGAUUUGGCUGUUUUGGUUGUGGUGGGAGGGUUGCAUUUGUUAAACAUAUUCAAACUAAAUGAAGCAUUAGCCGAGUGAACAGGGAUCCAAUUGUGCAGGCACUUGGCAGCUGCCUGUUUGUCAGCCACCGGCAGUAAUCUCCACAGCAAAUGCUUUCAGAGCUAAACUUUAACAUUAAGAUUUGGCAUAUUGCUGCCUUUUGAUGGAAGGCUGCUUUACUGCCCGUGGCUGCCAUUUUGAGAACCUUAAAGACUGAGACAAGAGCAUCUUGCCCCAGAUCGGGCAAUUUAAUUGGAUAGUUUGUGUAACUAAAUUGUCUCAUUCUUUAAGGUGUUUUUUGUUUUGUAUUUGUGGGGUGGCUAAAUUAUUGCUCUUGCUGCCCUGAUGCACAUGUUCAUCCUCUCGAUGGUUCUGAAACAUUUACGAAAACACAGCUUUGUGUACAAUCUGGCCGCUUAUCUUCCGAGGAGGAUGUGGAGGAGUCCAUUAGGGAUUUCUUUGAUCAGUGAUGCAUCAGUAAAAAUAAAAAAAAUGGGGAGGAGCCUUUGGGCAAUUAAACAGGAUAAGAUCUAAAGUUCCAAAGUUAUGUUAAUGGUUAUAAAAGGGUUGAAAAAGUUGCCCUUGGCUUUUAUUUUAGUUUUCCAAAUGAAACGUUCAAGGGGAGUUUACCUUAUUUAAAAAGUCUCUAAAUUUAAGGAAGAAUUUAAAACCAGUUUUUUUUUUUUUUUUUAUGAAAAUUUGGUUAUUUAAUUGGCAAAUUUUUCAGUGAAGCUAAUUUUACAAUGGACUUAAGUUUAAAAGAUGUCAUGAAUAUUAUUGGAUUCGAUUGAAAGUUUUGUUAAUAAAGCUCACUGAAAUUUA